AUGACAGCUUACGACGAUAAAUUAGUGGCUUGGGCCCUCUCAUUCCGUCGCUUUUUGGACAAAACUCCAAACCUAACCAAUAUUUACUUCAUUGCAACCAUCUCAUGUAUGGCAGGAAUGAUGUUUGGCUUUGACAUCUCAUCUAUGUCUGCUUUCAUUGGUAAGGAACAGUAUCAGAACUACUUCAACCAUCCUAAUUCUUCCUUGCAAGGUUUCAUUACUUCAUCAAUGUCUUUGGGUUCCUUUUUUGGUUCCUUGGCUUCUUCUUUUGUCUCUGAGCCAUUCGGAAGAAGAGCCUCGUUGAUGAUUUGUGCCGUGUUUUGGAUCAUUGGUGCUGCCAUCCAGAGUUCCGCACAGAAUGUUCCCCAAUUGGUGAUUGGAAGAUUUAUUUCUGGUAUGGGGGUUGGCUUUGGUUCUUCUGUUGCUCCCGUUUAUGGUUCUGAGAUGGCUCCUAGAAAGAUCAGAGGCUUCAUUGGUGGAAUGUUCCAGUUCAGUGUCACCUUGGGUAUCUUGAUCAUGUUCUACGUCUCCUUCGGAUGUUCGCACAUCAAUGGUGUUGGCUCUUUCAGAUUGGCUUGGGCUCUCCAAAUUAUUCCCGGUUUGCUUCUUUUCUUUGGUUUGUUCUUCAUCCCAGAGUCUCCCAGAUGGUUGGCAAAGCAAAAUUACUGGGAAGAGGCUGAAAUUAUCGUCGCCAACAUCCAAGCCAAGGGGAACAGAGAAGAUACAGACGUGAAGGUGGAGAUUUCUGAGAUCAAAGAGCAAUUACUCGUCGAAGAGCAUGUAAAGAACUUUAGUUACGCCGAUUUGUUCUCCAAAAAGUACCUUCCAAGAACAAUCACUGCUAUUUCUGCCCAGGUUUGGCAGCAGUUCACUGGUAUUAACGUUAUGAUGUACUACAUUGUCUACAUUUUUCAAAUGGCAGGCAUUUCGGGAAAUGCCAACCUAGUUGCUUCGUCCAUUCAGUUUAUCUUGAACUCGGCAACAACUGUUCCUGCGUUGUUGUUGAUGGACAAAAUUGGUAGAAGACCAUUGUUGCUUGGGGGUGCUCUCUUUAUGAUGAUCUGGCAAUUUUGCGUUGCCGGACUCUUGGCUACUUACUCUGAGCCAUGGGACGAUUCUGGAAAUUCUUCUGUUAACAUUAGAAUUCCUGACUCCAACAAGCCUGCUGCCAAUGGUGUCAUUGCCUCAUGCUACUUAUUUGUUGUUUCUUUUGCUGUCUCAUGGGGUGUGGUUGUCUGGGUCUAUGUCUCUGAGAUGUGGGGGGAUUCUGUUUCCAGACAGAGAGGUGCUGCCUUGGCUACUUCUGCCAACUGGAUCUGUAACUUCGCCAUUGCUAUGUUCACUCCUCCUGCUUUUGAAAACAUUCAAUGGAGAACUUAUACGAUCUACGCGAGUUUUUGUGCCGUUAUGUUUGUUCAAGUUUUCUUCUUUUUCCCAGAAACCAGAGGAAAGAGAUUGGAGGAGAUUGAUCAGAUUUGGACACAAAAGGUUCCAGCAUGGAAGAGUGGUUCGUGGCAGCCAGAGGUUCCUCUUGUUGCUGACUCUCAAUUGACUGAAAAGAUGGAAACAAGUCAUAAGGAACGAGCCAAUGGACUGGUGUCAACAUCUUCGCUGGAUAAAGACAACGGCAUUUUACGCCGGAGUAAUGAGCCUCACUCACUUGAAAGUGCAGAAGCCAUGAAUCGUGUUUAA